ACACACUCAGCACAGAGAGGGAAGGAGGAGGGCGCGCUGAUCCUCAGUCGGUGUGUGAGGGAACAGACGAAGUAGAGACCUGCACACACACACACUCACUCACUCACUCUCUCACACACACACACGCGCGCUUACACUCUCUCUCACUGUGUCUUUCUCUUGCGCUUCGCACGGAGCAGAGGGGGAACGGGAAGGGAAGAAUGAGGAAGAAGUCCCAACAAAUGCGGGUUUGCUGAUGAAGCGCCGCUCCGGUUAUCCGAUCAUACAGGUCGCGCUGCAUGGAAACGAGGAGUCGGCAACAGCAGAAAACAACAGCAACAAAUAAAAAAGCUGUCAGUGCAUGGGAAUCCGGUCACCUCUCCCUUUCUUUUGUGCGUCUCGCUCGGUGGAUACGCCGCCUUGGCUGGCGUAUAAGAGCUCCCUGCGUCUCCAUUACCAUUCCCCACUACUGGCUUACCUCUACUACUACUACUACUCCUCUUACUCCUCAUUACCAGUAGAUCUAUAGUGCUGCUUUUACUACUGACUGUCUCCUCCGGAUUGGGAGCACUCUCUGGAUAAUAAGGUUUAACACCCUCAUUAAUCGUCACCUCACAGUACCGGUUUGGGCAUCAACAUGGGUCGCAGGGAUCACUCCUCCCUCCUGUCCCCUGCCCUGAGGCUAGCAGUCGUCACGGUCAUUCUCCUCCUUGAGCUCCAACCCUCAUUGGCUGGCGCUGCCCCUGAGCAGACCUUGGGUGGCUCUGUUUCGGCGGUGUCCACUAAUAAAACUGAGUGCAGCAAGGCUGAGGCGUGCGAGAAGGGUGUGGUCCUGCCUAUCUGGGAGCCCCAAAACCCGUCAUUUGGCGACAAAGUGGCUCGGGCUACAGUUUACUUUGUGGCGUUGGUGUACAUGUUCCUGGGCGUGUCGAUCAUCGCGGACCGUUUCAUGGCAUCAAUAGAGGUCAUCACAUCGCAGGAAAAGGAGAUCACGAUCAAGAAACCCAACGGGGAAACCACCACCACCACCGUUCGGAUCUGGAAUGAGACCGUCUCCAAUCUCACACUCAUGGCUCUCGGCUCUUCAGCUCCGGAGAUCCUGCUGUCUGUCAUAGAAGUCGUAGGUCACGGGUUCCACGCUGGCACACUGGGCCCCUCCACCAUUGUGGGCUCUGCGGCAUUCAACAUGUUUGUCAUCAUCGGGCUUUGUGUGUACGUCGUGCCCGACGGCGAGACGAGGAAGGUCAAGCACCUCCGCGUCUUCUUUGUCACGGCCACCUGGAGUAUCUUCGCCUACAUUUGGCUCUACCUGAUCCUGUCUGUGAUCUCACCUGGUGUUGUGCAGGUGUGGGAGGGGCUGCUCACGUUCCUCUUCUUCCCCAUCUGUGUGGUGUUCGCCUGGGUGGCCGACCGCCGCCUGCUGUUCUACAAGUAUGUGUACAAGCGUUACCGCACUGGCAAGCAGCGUGGCAUGAUCAUCGAGACAGAGGGAGACCGUCCACUUCCUUCCAAGGUGGAUAUUGAGAUGGAUGGGAAGAUGCUGAACUCUCAUGGUGUUGACUUCCUGGAUGGUCCGCUGGGUUUGGAUAUAGAUGAGAAGGAUCUGGACGAGGAGGAGACCCGUAGAGACAUGGCCAAGAUCCUGAAGGAGCUCAAGCAGAAACACCCUGACAAGGAGGUGGAACAACUCAUCGAGCUUGCCAACUACCAAGUCCUGAGCCAGCAGCAGAAGAGCAGAGCUUUCUAUCGAUGCCAGGCCACCAGGCUGAUGACAGGUGCUGGCAACAUCCUGAAGAAACAUGCCGCCGAUCAGGCACGAAAGGCUGUCAGCAUGCAUGAGGUUCGCUCUGAUGCUGGCGAUAACGACCCCAUCUCCAAGAUCUUCUUUGAGCCCGGUUCUUACCAGUGCCUUGAGAACUGCGGCACAGUGGCGGUGAACGUGGUGAGACGCGGUGGCGACUUGGGCAAAACGAUCUCUGUGGACUACCGGACGGAAGACGGCACGGCCAACGCCGGCUCGGACUACGAGUUCACAGAGGGCGUGGUGGUCUUCAAGGCUGGCGAGACAAUGAAGGAAAUCCGUGUUGGGAUCAUUGACGACGACAUCUUUGAAGAGGAUGAAAACUUCCUGAUUCACCUCUCCAACGUCAAGAUGUUGACAUCAGAAGGCGAGGAGCCAGAGGAAGGCGAGUCUGCUAAUCACGUUGACUCAAUGGCGUGCCUCGGCAUACCCGCCACAGCUACCGUUACCAUCUUUGACGACGACCACGCCGGUAUCUUUACAUUUGAGGAGCCUGUAUUCCAUGUCAGCGAGAGCAUCGGCACCAUGGAGGUGAAGGUGCUGAGAACGUCGGGGGCUCGCGGCGUAGUCAUGCUGCCGUACAAGACGGUGGAGGGAACAGCACGAGGCGGAGGAGAGGACUUCGAAGACACUCACGGCAUCCUGGAAUUUCAAAACGACGAGAUCUUGAAGACCCUAACCGUUAGGAUCUUAGACCGGGAGGAGUACAAUAAGCAGUCCUCCUUCUACGUUGUGCUUGAAACCCCCGAAUGGAGACGCAGCGGGAAGGAACGGACAGAGGAGAAGGAGAAGGAGGAGGAGGAGGAAGAAGAGGCGUUGACGGGGAAAGAUGAGGAGGAGCAGCGCAUCGCUGAGAUGGGCCGUCCCACGCUGGGAGACCACGUCAAGCUGGAGGUCAUCAUAGAGGAAUCAUAUGAGUUCAAGAACACGGUGGACAAGCUGAUAAAGAAGACCAACCUGGCUCUGCUGGUAGGAACCAACAGCUGGAGAGACCAGUUCAUAGAAGCCAUCACUGUGAGCGCAGGCGAGGAUGAUGACGACGAGGAGUGCGGGGAGGAGAAGCUGCCGUCGUGCUUCGACUACGUCAUGCACUUCCUCACCGUCUUCUGGAAGGUUCUGUUCGCCUUCGUCCCGCCCACAGAGUACUGGAACGGCUGGGCCUGCUUCGUCGUCUCCAUCUGUAUGAUCGGACUGCUCACCGCCAUCAUUGGGGACCUGGCCUCUCAUUUUGGCUGCACAGUGGGCCUGAAAGACUCAGUCACAGCAGUAGUAUUUGUUGCGUUGGGAACCUCUGUACCCGAUACCUUUGCCAGCAAGGUCGCUGCUACCCAGGAUCAGUAUGCAGAUGCAUCCAUUGGUAAUGUGACAGGCUCCAAUGCUGUCAAUGUUUUCCUGGGCAUUGGGGUGGCGUGGUCCAUCGCUGCCAUCUACCACAAUAGCAAGGGGAACGAAUUCAGGGUGGAUCCAGGCACACUGGCCUUCUCCGUCACGCUCUUCACCAUCUUUGCCUUUAUCGCCGUCGCCACACUGAUGUACCGACGGCGGCCGGAGAUCGGUGGAGAGCUGGGAGGGCCCCGGACAUCGAAGGUUCUUACCACCAUGCUGUUUGUCAGCCUGUGGCUCCUCUACAUCCUCUUCUCCUCACUGGAGGCCUACUGCCACAUCCAGGGCUUCUAAGAUGACGGGAGAUGCCGAAGAGAAGGGUGGGACAGAGAGAGAACAUGAAGGAAGAAACCAAGGGGAGGUGGAUGAAUGGAAGGAUUUGGAAAUUAAGGCUGUCUCAUUGAUCUAUCACUCCCUCCCUUUACGCAAUAGGUUGAAUGACGGAUAAAUGGAUGGAUGUACAGAUGAAGAAAAUGGAGGACGCAUUAAAGCAUCUAAAUACAGAACGGAAGGAAAUACGGAUGCAUGGAAGGACAACAAAAAUUAUAGGAGCUAGAGAAAUAGCUCAGAAGGUGGAACGAAGGAAUAUGUUUUUUGUCUUGAUUUAUAAAUCCAAACCAAUCAAGUUGUCUUAAACCCAUCCGCGUUUUAAAUCCAUAAAACAAAUCCCCAAACACACAUGAAAUCAAAAUGAGUUUUAACAAAACAAGGAAGUUAAAACAGACCAACACAACACCAUAUGUCCUCAGAUGUGUGGCUUCAACAACAACACUCCCAUUAGUCCCCCCUCAGUUGGAGUAGUGCGACUCCCACGUCCAGCUACAGUAACAGGCGAAGAAACAGAAAAGGACAGAAUAACUGUAUCAGUAUGUUCAUGCAUGACCAGACGAUACUGAAAACCACAAUCAGAAGAAACCGGAUGUAUUGCCACAACUGUUUAAUGACAACAAACUGUGUGCGUGCUGGUGUGUGACUGUGUGUUUCUGUGCUCGUGUGUUGUGGGAAGAUGGUCAAGUACUGUGAAGAAAAAAAAAACGCCUCUCGUUUCGCUGUCGCUGCGUGAGACGGAAUAUGCUUUCGUAUUCAAGGUCUUUUUGACUCUCCCAGCCUGUAGAAAUGCCGAGUGAGACUCUUUCGCGGGAGGGCGCGUUCAAUGAAAUGAAACGUUCUGGACGUCACUGAGGUGAGAAAUGUAAAUACAAAGAGCUGAACGUACAUUACAGCUCCACUGUUUUCCUUCUGAAUGUCUUGGUUACGCCAUGCGCUCCUGAACGGGCCCUCUUUCUGUUGCUUUAUACAGUAGAUGUAAAUGAUUUAAGGUCUAAUUCGAAUCAAGAAGGGGUUAGCGUGCUUUUACCUUUAAUAAGGCCGUGUCUGAGAGGACAAAAUGGCCGCUCUACCGUUAAAAACUGUUAGAGAUUAUCAUUGCAUAAAUAUCUAGGUUAAUCUUAUGUGUGUUUUCGUUUUGUUUUUUUUAAACUGUGGAAUCUGGUUUUCCACCAAUGAGAUUACCACCAUCGUGUGUCAAUCGUAACAUUGCAAUAGACUUUGAAAACGUAGGUACCGCCCUCUGUGAAACCUCAUCGGCUGUCUGUUUCUUUACUGCCUCUGUCAACGUUUUUCUCACUUUGAUGCCGCUUUCCUGUAGGUUCUCUCAUUAUCCCUGUGUGUCUUAAGCACCUCCCCCUUGGCUGGUCAGCGGACCAAUCAAAAUCCUCAAGGGCUUUGUAAGAAACAACCACUAAUCCCUAACCCUGACCCUUGAUUUAUAAUUCUUCACAUAGAUUGGUCUUUAGGGGGCUAUUUAACAAGGAUUUGCAUUCCUUGACAUUACACACCAACUGCUCAGAUGUUAGGAAUUUCCCUCAAGGGAAAUAACAAGACAACAUGUCAGCUUCAUUGAGUGCAGACUUUGUCAAAACAAGGAUCCAGAGUUACCUAAAUAUCGGCAAAACCAACCCGAUGAUCCCAAGUACUCGAUCGGACAAGGCUUCAACUUUUCUUGGAGUCUUUCCCACUUCAUUACAAAGAUCGCCUAUAAAUUGCGGUCAGCCUUAUUUCAAAUUAAACCAUCCAUGCAACGUUUUUCAACGGGCCGCCUCCUCUCUGCUUCUUAAAUAAACUACCCUUUAGGCAUCAUGAUCAUGAAGGCCUUAACCCAAAGGAAGCAAUGACAUAUAUUGUUCUUUAUUCAAGGGCAAGUGUUUCCUUUUGACUGAAGAACUAUAAUUUAAACUAUGUGAUUCACUGCUUCAUGCUGGCCUUGGAAAUCAACCACUGAAACUUUGCAUUCAGCCAGUUUUGAGUCUUAACAAAGGAGCCAUCAGAUGAAGGAAUAGUCAAAAGUAUUUGCUGCUGGUGGAGAAGUAGGCUUACCAACUGAUAUAGGUAAAUAAGUAUCAUGUUACUUAGGGUGCAUUUGACAACCAGACUCUGUUUAACAAGCUCACAGAGGUUUGGAGACAAUUAUUUGUGUAAAAAAUAGGAGUAUAAGAUUUUUUUUUUUUUACAAUCUAUUCGAUUGGCUACCCAGCCCCCAGAAACUGCCGCCCUUUAGGACCUGUAUCACAAAGUGAGUUCAGCUUGGUCAUGCUUUCUUUUGGUCACACUGGCAGUUUUGCAUAACCAGUCUUAAGCGGGAUUUAUACUUGUGCGUCAGACCCUAUGCCGUAGCCUACGCAUUUAUACUUGUGCAGUGGUGUGUCUUUGUCACUCUGCAGUUACACCUCCAAAACACUAGUUGGCAACAAAGGUUUCUGUGAAGUGCUGUAAAGUUUAGUUGAUUCAAAACACACAUUAAACACACAUUAAACAUGGCUUAAUAGAGUCAAACACAAGUACACAAAUCAGCUUCACUAUAACUCACAGCAUUCACAGACAAACACUUGUCUUUAUCUGGACACAUUUUCCCCACAAAUACGACAUGCUAAUGUUAUUAGCACAAGCCUAUGGCAGUUUACAUUGUAUAAAUUAGCCUAGCAGCUAGCAAACUUUUCCUCUUCUCAUAUGAAGCCAGGGACAACAGCAACAUUUAACAAAGGUAAUGUUACAAAAUUUGGCUUCAUUACAACUCACAAGGUUCACUGACAAAACAACUGUCUCAUACUAAACACGUUUUCCAAACAAAUAUAACAUGCUAACAUUAUUAGCACAAGCCUAUGGCAUUUUACAUUGUAUAAAUUAGCCUAGCGACUAGCAGAGAUUUCUUUUGCUCAUAUGAAGCCAGGAUAAAUCACACACAAGACUUAAAAUGCUAUUUUGUGGAGGCUUUAUUGUCUUCACAAUUUAUUGUUUCUUAUCUGUGAAAUUAAAGUAAAUAAAAGCUUUGUUUCCGAUGAGGGAAAUGGUUUCAGCUUACAAAGGUAGACAGGAGGUCUGCGUCGCCACGACACGUAGUUAAAUUUCUGGGGAGGCGCACAUAAGGCUACGGCGUAGGGUACGGCAUCGAUUCGACACAGAAGUAUAAAUUCCGCCUUAGAUAACCAAGUGGCUCUAUCAAGAUGGAGUUCAUACCUAUAACAUGCAACAUUAACAGCUUAAAAGGAGCAUGUUUAGUGUGAGGUGAUAUGCAUUCAUGUGAAUCAUUAUCAGAUUGGGUAUGCAAAAAGAUUUUCUACUUGUGCUAUCAGAAGUAGAGUGCAAAGAAUAGCAACAUUUGAACAAUGAGGAGUUUCAGCACAAGUGUUUCAGCUACAGAUGAAGAGUCCUGUUAUAAAGCCAGAGCAAAUGUUUCCUUCCUCUCUGAUAUAAGACAAAUAAUUAUGGAAAGCAAAGUGAUUCUUCUGGUGUGUAAACAUUUCACACUGUGCUCAUUAUUACUUGUGCUUUAGUCUAUUUAAGGCGCCUGUAGGAGUGAUGAUGACUGUGUUUGUCAAGGUGAUGCUCAUUAGUUGCGCAGCAUGAGUUACCAUUUUUGAUCUAGCCCGAUCAAAAGCAAAGUAUUCCUAACACCAGAAUACCUUGGUUAAGCUCAAAGUGUAUCUGACUAAUCUCACUUUAUGAUACAGGCAGUAACAGGAUAAUUGAAGUAUAACAACACACAUUGUCUCGGCCCUCUAUGAAAUGAAUUUUGAGCUUGAAUUUGACCAAAAGUCUGCGUGCAUGAUAGGACAGACGUUUCCAUCCAGAACACUGCGAUGGCCUCAUAGGCAGCUAAAGGGUUUUGAAAACACUAGGUGUGCUGUUUCAGGACAUGAGCUACCAAACAUGAUCUCACGUAACGGCCAAGCUUCUUUGAAAACCCUUGUCAAGUGCUGAGCUAGCUAAACAUGUAUCAAUGAAACUGCAAAAGCAACUGAUUGACAAACUGACACUUACCAGACGCUCACUGGCUGAGAAUCUUCUUUCAGGAUUCAGUCACAGACGAGACACAUAUCCUGAGAAUAUUUCUGGGUGUAUUUUUAGCCAAACGGGGCGGGAAACACAAAAGUGGCUCAAAAUCUCGUCCUGAAGUAUGUGUAGAAUAUAAAUCUUCCAUCCUAUCUUGACUGUCAGAGAGGUUUACACUUCAGACUGUUAACUAUUUUACUCCAAAACUGCAGAGAUCUUCACAGAACUUACUGUAUAAAUAGGCAUUCUAAAAAGUCCAUAGUUUGUUGAAUGGCACUAUAUGCAUCUGAAUUGGCCAGAAUUUUCCUGCUGAUGUUGUGUUUUUUUACUUGAUGUAUAAUAUAAUAAGUAAUAUUUUAAAUGUCAUCUGUAAAGUAAGUAGUCUGGGCUAGAUGUAAUCCAUUUAAAACUUGGCAAAAAAAAAUCUUGUCACAGACAGCUUUCAACCCCUGUGAGAGAGUAGAGCUGAGCAGAGCCCUGGAUUGGAUGAGUUUGGCAAAUCCGCAGCAUCUUGAGGAGAACUUGUAUUAAAUUAUUUAAAUAUACAUAAAUGUUCCAGUUUUUGUGACCUGGCAUAUAUUAGUGAUUCACCAAAUGAUGCACCUUGAAUAGUAAGCACUCCGGAAUACAAAUCUCAGUAGGUGAUGCGACACAGAGGUCAAGCAACAAGUCUUACAUACUGACAUCUGGCCAAACUCACAACUCUAAUGCUCCGACUUCUGUUUGCAGCACAAUUUGGGAACAGCUUUUAAACAGCCACUUGCAUUUGCCAAACUCUGCCCAGUGCACCGCUCUCCGCUAGAGUAGCUGUUCUCCUGUGAAGGCCUUGGAGUGGCAGUUUACCCCUGUUUUGCCAAAGGGAAAUCUUUCUAUCAGAAACUUAGUAUUUGCAGUCCGACCUGUAAAGGGUUUUCUAACCAAUGGAGCUUUCUUAAAACACCAAAUAUUAUUCAUAUUUCAUUAACACUUUAAAAGGAAAUUUGAUGUUGUUUUAACCUAACCAGAAUCUUUCUAUUUGAAUUUGUAUGCAUUUGUCUCUUCACUGGCAUGGAGCUUAAGGUUUAUACACUGUAAAAAAGUUAUGCUAGCUUGUGCAAAAGAAAAAAAGAAAAAAAAAGUAGAAAAAGGAUAAAAAGAAAUAACAUUGUGGAAGCUGUUUGCAUCACUUUUUGAGUAACUUCAACAGGGUGUAAAUUAUCUUUGAUAUUGCUAAAUCGUGUUGGAUUUACUGAAAACGUGCCUGCUGCCUAAUCUGUCAGAGUGAACUCACGCAGGAAUGAAAAGCUUGCAGUAACGUAGUUGUUUGCAUCAAAAUUAGUUUGCCGCACAAAUUUUUCCAGAAGCUAACAUUUUUCAUUAACGGGGAAGUUAGUUCUUUUUGCUACGCCGGCCUCGUCGCACCGCCUCUCUCAGUGUAUCUACCUUGACUUUAAAGCUAGUCUGACGUGACGCUGAUGGCAGAUUAACGACAGCUGUUCAAAGCCACACAGGGUUCGGACCAAGGUGGGAAGCUAAAGUCAGCUAACACAAUGUUAGCAAGUCUGAUUGCUUUACCUGCCACGAUUGUAAGUACCAGGUUGUUUCUUUGAAAGCAACUUCACCAGGCAAAAGAAAUCACAUUUGAAUUUAGCUUCCUCCCUUGGUUUGGACUUCUGAGGUUUGAAGGGUCAAAGGUUAGCCAGGCCAACGCUGUAAAUAAAACACUAAGAGCAAGCUAGGAGUAGAAAACGAGCUACAGUAGACCUUUUUUAUUCUCCUGUGGCGGGGUUUGAAGACGUGGGCAGGGGUUUUAAAUGAAGGAAAAGCAUUGCACUGGUUCUUGUCGCUUAUGUGAAACGGCUACUAUGUUGUUUCGUCGAAAACACUAACAGAGUUGCUUCUGAUGUAAACAACGACAACAGAUUUUGUUUUUUGACUGAUGUACACAAUAAUAAUGUUGUACCUGAUGUAAAAAAAAAAAAAAAAAAAAAUACAACAGUGGUGAAUCAGUUGUGAAUCAUUUACGAUGUUGCUUCUGAUGUGAAGAUUGAUCGUGCGUUCUCCGUUGCGUCGUUCACUUCUUAACCGACUGUCUGUCUGACAGACUGAGGAAUAAAAUGAAUGCAACACCAAACAGACAGACCAACGAAAGUAAGGACAAACACCCCCUGCUGGUACAGAGCCGAGCGGCGUCGUGCUGAGGCGUCGCUGCGGCAAUUAAUGUACUGUUGGGAAAAACUUUACCAGAGCUAUUCUCUACCCUUAAAGUAACAUUUAACGAUGUAAACGGAUGAUAAAGAGAGGAAGGAGGAGAAGGAAGACGAGGAGGAAGAAGAUGAACAUUAAAGAAAAAAACAAGAAGUUACAGCCAUACAUUGAUUUCUGGGUCAGAGAGAUUGAAAUGGACUUCUCCUGCCCAGCAUGUGUAUUGUUAUAGUGUCUAUCUGUCCCUCUGUGUCUCUCCCUCCUCUUUCUGUCUCUCUGCUGCCAAAGCAACCAAAACUGGCGGCGAUCCUUUCGUUCUGUCUUUUCUUCCCUUCUCUCCGACUCCCUUUUUGCCUCCCGUCUCCCUAUGCCAUGUUUUCCAUAUUUUGGAAUGUCAAUGUGCUACUUGUUGACACUGUGCAUGAAUGAUAACAUGUCUGUAUAUAGUUAUAGAGAAUCGUAUCCCAUUCCCCCGGUGUUGACAAAAAAAUGGUUUGAAUGUUGUACAGAUUCUGGUUUUCUGCUCAUCUUUUAUUCUGUUCAGUUACAUUUUUUUUUUUUAAUGUACGUAGAGCUUAAAAACAGUAUGUUUUUAAUUUAAAACGAAGACGUAACUUGCACAUUGAUUAAUUAAUUAAUUAAUUAAGGGGUUGUUUGUUUGUUUGUUUUUGUUAAAAAGGCAAUAUCUGCUGUUAUUGAAUGAGAGCUGAGAUCUUAAAGGAGUUAUGUAUCUUAAAUAAAUAAUCUAUACGGAAGCUGCAUGGAUUAUUUGUACGAAGAAAAAAAAAAGAAAAAAAAAGACACUGCUUGCUACUUCUAAUACCGUGACUGUAUUCUCUGACAGAGGGCGAGGAAUACUGUAUGUACAUCUAAAGGUUAUUUUGUCAUUAAAGAAAUAAUAAUAAUAA